GGUCCUUCUCCACCUCACGCCUAUUCAUUUAAAUUACACUGGAUCCCACAAAACUGAACGGAAUAAACUUCACAGAUGUCAUCUUAUUGAGUGCCGGGUGCAUGUGGAGAGAUGAGAGGGGUCUUGAAGCUGACAGUCCGUGUUGUGAGCUGCAUUCACCGCAGGCUGUACUGUGGACGAAGACCACCAGCCCCAUUAGGAGGAAGAAUCCUCACCAAUCAUGAUGACAUCUUUCAGCAUAACAUGUGGGAUCAUGUGCAGUGGACAGAAGAGGAGAGAGAGAGAGCCCGACAGAAGGCAGAGGAGAACUCUAAAGAUAAGAUUCCUGUGGAGGAGCAGAGCAAAUAUGACAGGAAUGCUAAUAAAUACUGGGACAGAUUUUAUGAGGUGCACCAGAGCAAGUUCUUCAGAAACCGGAGAUGGCUCUUCACUGAAUUCCCAGAACUUCUACCUCCAGACGCUGUUGGGAUUUGUAGCCCAGAGGAGAGGCAGGGCAGCGGGGUGGACUCCCAGUCAGAGUCUGAGGACAGAUUAAAACACAAGCCCUGCGGUUUCAGUACACUAACCAGUGAUACAGAUGCAUUCCCUGGACAGCACGCUGUUUUCAGGAUACUAGAGGUGGGCUGUGGUGCAGGUAACAGUGUGUUUCCCAUCAUCAACACCAUCAGGGGCAGUAAGAUGUUUCUGUACUGCUGUGACUUCUCAUCUCGUGCUAUCGAGCUCGUCAAGGAGCAUCCAGACUGUGAUCCUUCAGUGUGUCAUGCAUUUGUGCGGGAUAUCUGUGACACAACGUCCCUGUUUCCCUUCCCUCCUGAGAGUCUGAACGUUAUUCUAGUGGUCUUUGUGCUCUCUGCCAUCCACCCUGAACGAGUUCAAGAUGUGGUGAAUUGUUUAGCUGGAUACCUGAAGCAGGGAGGGAUUAUGCUCUUCAGAGACUAUGGCAGAUAUGAUCUGUCACAACUGAGAUUGAAAAAGGGUCAGUGUUUAUCUGAAAACUUCUAUAUACGACAGGAUGGAACAUGUGUGUAUUUCUUCACAAAAGAUGAGGUUCAUCAAUUGUUCUCCAAUGCUGGUUUGGAGGCGAUUCAGAAUUUGGAGGACAGGAGAGUGCAGGUAAACAGAGGAAAGAAGGUGGUCAUGCACAGAGUGUGGAUGCAAAGCAAAUACCGGAAACCUUAUCUGUUUUAGCGUCUGUAAAGCAGAUAACACUGUGCUCUCUGAGAGAACUGGGCUGAAGGUCUUGGCAGACAAAAACACAAAGACUUUUUCAGAUUUUAAAUGACAUUACCUUUGUGAGAGACUUCAAGAAUAACUCAUGAUGAAGAGUACAAUGUAAAAACAUGAAGAAAGUCAUUUGUUUUGGAGGAGAUCAAAGAACAGUCUGUGUUACUAAGAAAUGACUGGCAUCCCACGAAUAGUUUUGAGACUGGACAAUUAUCAUUACCGGAGUCAUGAAAAUGGUUUGUUAUGCAUAAGUGAACAGAGAAUAUUUUAGCAUUGGUAAUUAAUGAAUUUUACAUAAUAUGAUAACAUUUUCAAGAUCACUUUUUUUUUUGCACUGAAAUAUUAUUUAGCUUUUUUUUUUUGCAACAAAUGUGCAAACCUUUCAUUUUCACUGAUGGGGUAAUUCACUGCUUGCAUUGGUAUUGUUAACACAUUUUUAAAUGCAUUUAUUCCUCAAACAUCUACAUUUUCCAACUUUGAGUUGUGGUGUAUUGAUAUAAUGUUUUAGUUUUAAUAAUUUGUUACAUAUAUGGACUGGCAGACUGGUGUACAAGGAUGUACUGUACAUUUGUGAUUUUUUUUUUUUACUGCAAAAAUACUCUAUGCAUAAUGAGCA